AUGACGAGGGUGCUGACUAUCAAGAGGGUUCCAACAGUGGUUUCGAAUUACCAGGAGGACAGUAAUAAUGAAGAUAAUAAUUCUGAGAGAGCCUUAGGGUGCACAAGGAAUUGUCUGGGAAAGUGCUGCUUACCUGUCUCAAAGCUUCCUCUAUAUACGUUCAAGAUAGACAGAGAGCAUCCUAUUGAAGAUGGAAAUGUGAAUGUGAAUUCGUCUGAAGAGCUACCUCAGGUAUUUUUCCUUCACAAUUUGUUGCUUGGACAGUGGGAGGAUCGAAUGAGGCGUGGUCUUUUUCGCUACGACGUAACCAAUUGUGAGACAAAGGUUAUCCCUGGGAAAUACGGAUUUAUUGCCCAGCUAAACGAAGGUCGCCACCUGAAGAAACGGCUCACUGAAUUUCGGGUCGACCAGGUUCUUCAGCCCUUUAAUGACAGUAAAUUCAACUUCACCAAAGUUGGCCAAGAAGAAGUGCUGUUCAGGUUUGAACCAAGCAAUGACAACAAGAGCCACUUCUUCCCUAGCGCAGAUAUAUAUGACCUUAUUUAUAUGCUUUUUAAUGUGAGCCCUAUUGAGUAUGGACAUGUUCUAAUGAUACCUCGGCUUCUCGACUACUUGCCACAGAGGAUCGACCAUAAGAGCUUCUUAUUUGCAGUUCAUAUGGCUAGAGAAGCAGCAGAUCCCUUGUUUAGAGUGGGUUACAACAGCUUGGGUGCUUUUGCCACUAUUAACCACCUGCACUACCAAGCAUAUUACUUGGCAGUGCCCUUACCAGUUGAGAAAGCUUCAAACCGAAGAGUAGGUGGGGAGAAAGGGCCGUGCGAUAAAGGAGUGGUUGUUUCAGAGCUGUGGAAUUAUCCAACACGAGGUCUUGUUUUUGAGGGUGGAAAUACGAUAAGCGAUUUAUCUGAUGUAGCUGCUAGUUCUUGCAUUUGCCUGCAGAAAAAAAAUGUCCCUUUCAAUGUGCUCAUCUCUGAUUGUGGGAAAAGGAUCUUUUUGUUUCCUCAGUGUUUUGCUGAGAAACAAGCACUUGGAGAAGUAAGCCAGGAGAUAUUGGACACUCAAGUAAACCCGGCAGUAUGGGAGAUCAGCGGACACAUAGUGUUGAAAAGAAGGAAGGAUUUUGAUGAUGCAUCAGAGGCGUAUGCAUGGAGACUUCUUGCUGAGGUUUCUUUAUCAGAAGCAAGGUUUCAAGAGGUGAAGGAUUAUGUAUUUGAAGCAGCAGGAUUGCAGAAGGCAAAUGUGGAAGAGAAUAACAUAAACGAAAAAGAAUCUCUUUACAAGCCACCUGCUCGUAGUCCAGCUGCCCCACAUUUACCUCGAGACUGUUCAGUUCAUCAAUGACAGGUUCC